UCUGCACACAAUUUGUCUCUGCUAGUGACAUAAGUGAGUUGUUUAACAUAGACCAGUGUAGACCAAUGUUCCAUCCUAUGGAGGGUACAUGCCCACCUGAGAAUUCUGGAUCAAUGGAGCUGCUGACCAACAAGUCCAUGAUGUCUGAUAAACUUUUAAGUCUGGCCAGUCCAAAGCCACCAGCAGCCUUGGUCUGUAGGCAGGUGCGGGUCAAUAUACCCUCAGUUGGCCCCAUCUGGUACAUAUCUAUAUGUUGGCUCCUUCAUAUCUACUUGGAAUACACAUGUAUUAGGGAGAUGAACACCUCCAAGGACAUUACCUUUAUGUCAGCCAUUCAGGUGUUAUUAGCCUUCUCCCUGGUGGCAAUGCUUUUAUUCACCCUCUCUGCAGUCCUCUCAACACCACAUACUCCAGACACGGAGCAUAAAUAUCAGAAAAAAUCAUCUUGGAGACAUCUUAUCUCAGCUCUAAAAAGCCAGAGCUACACCCUGCAGGCACUGGCGGCCUUACUUCUGACAAACAGCUACCUCUUGCUACAGCUCAGUGAAUGGUUAGCCAAACCUAUGAGCACUUCAGGAAAUAAUGGCACUGCUGAUGUUGAGGAGUUUGGAUCAAAUGCAAGUUACUCUAAAAACAGUAACUGGAUUACGCUACCCACUGUAUUACCAGGAGAUAACUUCACAUACCUGCUGUACUGCAUUCCUGUUCUUGUACCUUUGACCGUGCAUUCUGUGCAACAGUCUGAUGUGGUGUGGAAAACAGAAAAGCUCUGGGGUUUCUUGUAUUCUGUUGUACUGCUAUUGAUAGGUAUCAAAUAUUUGUCUUCCUCAUUCACCUUUUACAUUGUCAGCAUUCUGGUCAUUCCCUCCCCACAAAUGCAUCUGUUCAAAGGUUUUCCAGUGUGGAUUCCAGUUGUCUAUGUUACAUCAAUACUUAUGCUAUUUCUUUAUUCAAUUUUGCUAAAGAUCUAUGUAGAAGUUAGCUGCAGAGUUCCAUCAUCUGGUUUCCCAGCAACAAAUUUAACUAUGAGAAAGAAAAUAAGGUCAUAUCCUUCUCCACUUGGAAUUAUUUUUACAACAUUCCUUAUAGUGGCCUGUGAAAUCUUACCCAUGCUAAAAAUAUAUUUCUUGCUAUCCAAGAAAACAGAGCACUUUAUAUUGUUUCUGUUUUCUUUCAACACUGCCUUCUACCUGGUGUGUGUCUCUGUGUCAGUUAUGGCUAUGGUGAGAAAGUGCCUUAGUAAUAAAGUCAAAAGAAAGCCAAGGAAGGUUGGAAGUGGAGUUUGCCUGGCUAACUCAUUUGUGUACCAGUCCAGUCCAAAUGCAGCCAAAAUGAAAUACUCAUAUGCAAAUAGUCUAGAAAAGAUUUCACGGUAGUAAAAUAAUAAACAGUAGAGGGUCCAUUCUUUUCUCUAAAAUGCUGGAGUCCUUCAAACCAUGAAAAUCGGUUGGUGUGAUGUAUGAAUGCUAACCCUUACCCUAAACUUGGACCCCAUCUCAAGGCACGUGGGCUGAUAGCAGGUGAUACAAAGCAAAGCAACAUCUCCACAUAGACUUAUUGUAGAUAAGAUGUGGAAAUAAGGCUAAUGUAAAGGGAGUAACUUGAUAUAAUAAAGAAUUAGAUUAUUUGUUUAUUUGACUAUUGGUUCUAAGGGUGAGGGGAAAAAGAUCCACCUAAAGGGUUUAUUUUAUUUAAUUAAGGCCUUCUUGUCUUACAAGCUUCCUAGGUCGAAACCUGGCCAUUCCCAUUUGAAAAAUCACUUCUGGAAUUAGUUCUACAGACAUCUAAAUACAUUACUGUUUAUAUAUAUAUUGGCACCUUAGGUCUAUGAAGAAGUAUGAAAAAGGAGUUCACUCCUGAUUUGCAUAUGGUGCAUUUCAAAAUACUUGGUUAUAUUGUAUUUAUUAGAUGUAUAUUACCUUGCUGCAUGAAUGAUUUCAAUAACUUAGUAUGAGAUAUGAUGAGAUAGAUAUAGAAUGGGCAGCUUGGUAUGUCACAGUGAAUUAGGUGAAAUCCAUGCUUGUAAAAGAACAUGUGAAAAGGGUAUUUUUAAGCUGUGCAUAUUCUUUUAACUCUUCAUCCUUUUUCAGUCACUGUAUUAUUUAUAAUGUCCAUAUUUUUUUAAUAAAACACUGAAAUAAAUCA